AAGCGAUGGCCACCAUGCUGCGGGACUUGGGCCUAAUUGGGACCAUUGGAGACGAUGAGGACGUGCCGGCCGAGUCCGACACUGCAGAUGAGGAGGAGGAGGAGCAGCCCAUUAUACUGGGCAGGAAACAGCAGGCCCUUCGGAAGAACAGAAGUGCUGACUUCAAUCCCGACUUUGUUUUCACGGAAAAGGAGGGGCUGUACGAUGGGAGCUGGGCCAUGGCCGAUGUCAUGAAGCAACUCAAAAAGAAGAGGGCGGCAACAACGCUAGAUGAAAAGAUUGAGGAAGUCCGAAAGAAACGGAAAAGUGAGGAGAAAGAACCAAGGUCGGGGAAAGCAGAAUGUGAAAAGAAAGAGGAUUCGGAUCCUGAGCCGGAAGGCGAGGAAGGCCAACAAGAGGAGGAAGAGGAGGAGGUGGAGGACGAAGCCUCAGAGUCUGACUAUUCAUCAGCUGAAGAGAACAUCCUCACCAAAGCAGAUACACUCAAGGUGAAGGACCGGAAAAAGCGGAAGAAAGGAGGCCAGGAAGCAGGAGGCUUCUUUGAAGACGCCUCUAAGUACGAUGAAAGCCUCUCAUUCCAGGACAUGAACCUCUCUCGUCCUCUUCUCAAGGCCAUCACAGCCAUGGGGUUCAAGCAGCCGACCCCUAUCCAGAAGGCCUGCAUCCCCGUGGGAAUGUUGGGGAAGGAUAUCUGUGCUUGCGCUGCCACCGGGACAGGCAAGACGGCUGCUUUUGCCCUCCCCGUCCUGGAGCGUCUGAUCUACAAACCCCGCCAGGCUCCCGUGACCCGCGUGCUGGUCCUGGUGCCCACCCGGGAGCUGGGCAUCCAGGUGCACUCCGUCACCAAGCAGCUGGCCCAGUUCAGCAACGUCACCACCUGUCUGGCUGUGGGCGGGUUGGAUGUGAAGACCCAGGAGGCCGCUCUGCGGGCCGGGCCGGACAUCCUCAUUGCCACCCCUGGCCGGCUCAUCGACCACCUCCAUAACUGCCCCUCUUUCCACCUGAGCAGCAUCGAGGUGCUCAUUCUGGAUGAGGCUGACAGGAUGCUAGAUGAAUACUUUGAAGAGCAGAUGAAGGAAAUCAUCAAGAUGUGCUCCCACCACCGCCAGACCAUGCUCUUCUCGGCCACCAUGACGGAUGAGGUGAAGGAUCUGGCCUCCGUCUCGCUGAAGAAUCCCGUCCGGAUUUUUGUGAACAGCAACACAGACGUGGCUCCGUUCCUACGGCAGGAAUUCGUCCGGAUCCGGCCCAACCGGGAAGGAGACCGGGAGGCCAUCGUCUCCGCUCUGCUGACGCGGACCUUCACUGACCACGUGAUGCUCUUCACUCAGACCAAGAAGCAGGCUCACCGCAUGCACAUCCUGCUGGGGCUCAUGGGGCUACAGGUGGGCGAGCUGCACGGGAACCUGUCGCAGACCCAGCGGCUGGAGGCCCUCAGGCGCUUCAAGGACGAGCAGAUUGAUGUCCUCGUGGCCACAGACGUAGCAGCCCGAGGACUCGACAUCGAGGGUGUGAAAACGGUGAUCAACUUCACGAUGCCCAACACCACCAAGCAUUACGUGCACCGGGUGGGCCGGACGGCUCGGGCCGGGAGAGCCGGCCGCUCGGUCUCGCUGGUCGGAGAGGAGGAGCGCAAGAUGCUGAAGGAGAUCGUGAAGACGGCCAAGGCCCCGGUCAAGGCCAGGAUCCUCCCCCAAGAUGUCAUCCUGAAGUUCCGUGACAAGAUUGAGAAACUGGAGAAAGACGUGUACGCCGUGUUGCGGCUAGAGGCUGAGGAGAGGGAGAUGCAGCACUCCGAGGCCCAGAUCGACACCGCCAAGCGACUCUUGGAGAAAGGGAAAGGAGAGGCCAACGAGGAGCCGGAACGCAGCUGGUUCCAGACCAGAGAGGAGAGGAAGAAGGAGAAGAUCGCUAAAGCCCUGCAGGAAUUCGAUCUGGCCCUGAGGGGCAAGAAGAAGAGGAAGAAGUUCUUGCAGGACAGCAAGAAAAAGGCAGAAAUGACGCCGGAGGAAAGGUCCCAGUUCGAGAUUCUGAAGUCCCAGAUGUUCGCCGAGCGCUUGGCCAAGAGGAACCGCCGGGCCAAGCGGGCCCGGGCCAUGCCCGAGGACGACCCCGCUCCUGCCCCAGUGAGCAAGCAGAGGAGAACGAAGAAAUCCGUGUUUGACGAGGAACUUACCAACACCAGCAAGAAGGCCCUGAAACAGUACCGAGCCGGCCCCUCCUUUGAGGAGCGGAAGCAGAUGGGAUUUUCUCGCCAGAAACGAGGAGGAAACUUCAAAUCCAAAUCCAGGUACAAGAGGAAGAAGUAGCAGGGUCCUCUUGGAGAAGCACUCGUGUCUGCGAAUUCCGUCCCUUCCCCAUGGGAAGCGUCAUUCCGGCCUCCUUGUUGGUUUUCCAGUUGGAGCGAUCCUCUAAUAAAACUUCAAACCGACUGCA